GUAUGAGCAGAUUCCUAAGCGUAAUACUCUGUUUUCCUGUAUUCGCUGCAACGGAAAAGGAAAAAUUGAGAGGGAAAACUAAAAAGAAAAAAAAAUAUUGGAAUAUAGUUCCCUCAGGUUACUUCAACGCGAAAACUUCCAUUGAUUGCACCGGUUUUUGAACAAUCGAAAACCCUAAACUUCCUAAAACGACGUAUCGAUGGCCGGAGGCGGCUCUUACAGAAAUCUAUUUAAUUUUUCAUCUACUAAUUAUCUAUUCUGGGAGGAAAUCUGGUUUCCCAGUUCAAGCAAAAAGAAGACUGGAGUAGCGGUUGUAUAUUGUGAAUAAGAAAAGAAGACGGAGGACGACUAAAUCGUCGUGGAAGAAUCCUCAUUUAAUUGGAGAUAUCUUCAUCUACAACACGAACAAACUCUGAUUAUUUAGAUAACUCAUUCUUAUUGCCGGAAAAAAAAAAAAGCAUUACAUCUUCAUAACAGAAAAAAGAAACUGACAAUUUUUUUUGUAAUAAUUUCAUUAUAUUUAAAAUUAAUUCAUCGUUUAUUUAAAUAUCUGCACACAAAAUUUAUUUAAACAAAAAAAAAAAGACCCCAGAAAACCAAAACAUAUUAUAUCUCUACCCAUAUAUAUAAUCGGAUUAUUGUCUCAACAUCUCUGUGCAUCUUUCGACUUGAUGUUUUCGGGUUUUCUUUCUUGUUAAUUGUAAAACUUGGACGUGAACGAAACGGAACUUGAUGGUGUUGUUACUAAACAUGCUUUUGUAAACAGAAUAACUAAUACCCAAUAGUAGUGUAUCUAGUUUUAUUGACGAUCUUAAGUCGAUGAAGCAUAUAAACAAACCUAGCAGUAAAUCAAGGAGGCUUUCUCACUGAAGGCAGCAAAGCACUUCAUACUAAUCAGGAAGAUAAACCAUAUCUUUUAUUCAUUUUUUCCCCCCAUUUCUCUCUUUAUCCUCCUACUAUAAUUCUCACUUCGCCUAAUUCGGUGAGAUUAUCUGAAAUUUCAACAUUCAAGUUGCUUUAAAGCUCGGAUCUACCACAGAAGAAUUUAUUAUCUAGUUGAGAUAUUAUAUGAUGGCUAAUGACGAUGUUAAAUGGGAGACCCUCUUUAACAAUGUUAAAGAGAAUGACAAGCAGAAGAAAGCAAGUGGGGAUAUUGGUACCACCAAGACCAAUAAGAAAUUAUCAGUUGAGAGGAUUUACCAGAAGAAAAGUCAGUUGGAGCACAUCUUGUUGCGACCUGACACAUAUAUUGGAUCAGUCCAACUUCACACUCAGCAAAUGUGGGUGAUUGAUGAAGACCUCUCAACAAUGGUACAACGAGAAAUUUCCUUUGUUCCUGGUCUCUAUAAAAUAUUUGAUGAAAUUCUUGUAAAUGCAGCAGAUAACAAACAACGAGAUUCCAAAAUGAAUACCAUCAAGAUUGAUAUUGAUUCUGAAAACAAUCGGAUUAAAAUCUGGAACAAUGGUAAAGGAAUUCCUGUUGUUGAACACAAGACUGAGAAAAUGUACGUACCAACCAUGAUAUUUGGACAUCUCUUGACAUCCAGCAACUACGAUGAUUCAGAGAAGAAAGUCACAGGUGGUCGUAAUGGAUAUGGUGCUAAGCUUUGUAACAUCUUCAGCACAAAAUUUAUUGUAGAGACAUCAUGCCAGGAAUACAAACGAGCAUUCAAGCAGACAUGGACUGAAAAUAUGUUGAAUGCUUCUGAGCCAGUUAUCACCGAGUCUCGAGCAGAUGACUUCACCGCAAUAACAUUUUGUCCAGAUCUACCUAAAUUUCAAUUGGAAUCUUUGGACAAAGAUCAUGUUGCUUUGUUCUGCCGACGAGCUUUUGACAUUGCUGCUUCAACUCGAGGUGUGAAGGUUAUAUUGAAUGGUAAAAGAGUACCAGUUAAGAACUUCAAGGACUAUGUAGAUUUGUAUGUCAAAGACAAAGUUGAUGAUGCUGGUCAACCGUUUAAAGUGAUAUAUGAAUCUGUGAGUGAUCGGUGGGAGAUAGCUGUGACCAUUAGCGACAGUGGUUUCCAGCAAGCCAGCUUUGUGAACAGUAUUGCAACAACCAAGGGAGGUCGCCAUAUAGACCAUGUCUCAGAUCCUUUGGUCAAUAAAAUCAUUGAAGUUGUGAAGAAGAAAAAUAAAGGUGGUUUGAAUAUCAAACCCUUUCAAAUUAAAAGCCACAUGUGGUUGUUUGUAAACUGCCUAGUCGAAAACCCAACCUUUGAUUCUCAAACUAAAGAAAACAUGACAUUGCAACCAAAAUCCUUCGGUUCAAAAUGUCAGCCAAGUGAGAAAUUUAUUACUGCUGUGAGCAAAUGUGGUAUUGUGGAAAGUGUGAUGAGCUGGAUGAAAUUCAAAGAACAAGCUCAGCUACAGAAGAAAUGUCAUAGCUCCAAACAUUCAAAACUAAAAGGUAUCCCUAAACUUGAUGACGCCAACUGGGCUGGGACCAAAAAUUCCAGUCACUGUACAUUAAUUCUGACAGAAGGAGACUCAGCCAAAUCUUUGGCUGUAGCAGGUCUUGGAAUUGUCGGUAGAGAUUGCUAUGGUGUAUUUCCUCUCAAGGGUAAAGUGCUCAAUGUUCGAGAGGCAACUCAUAAACAGAUUAUGGAGAAUGCAGAAAUCAACAACCUGAUCAAAAUUCUUGGACUUCAGUUCAAAGAAAAAUACGAAGACAUUGAGAAGCUGCGCACCCUUCGUUAUGGUAAAAUUAUGAUAAUGACAGAUCAGGAUAAUGACGGCUCUCACAUCAAAGGAUUGAUAAUCAACUUCAUCCAUCAUUUCUGGCCAAACCUUUUGAAACACAAUGUUGUAGAAGAAUUUAUUACACCAAUUGUUAAGGUGACAAAGAAUAAAAUGGAAAGGGCUUUCUAUUCCAUUCCUGAAUUUGAAGAAUGGCAACGUGGUACAGAAAACUGGCAUACAUGGAAGAUCAAAUACUACAAAGGUUUGGGUACCAGCACAGCAAAAGAAGCCAAAGAAUAUUUUUCUGAUAUGGAACGCCACAGAAUACCUUUCAGGUAUGAAGGGCCUGAAGAUGAUGCCUCAAUAAACCUGGCGUUCAGCAAAAAGAAAAUUGAUGAAAGAAAAGAAUGGCUUACUAAUUGGAUGGAGGAAAAACGGAGACGAACAGAAAUGGGACUUCCUGAGUUGUAUUUGUAUGGCAAAGGAGUAAACCAAAUCUCCUUCAAUGAAUUUAUCAACCGGGAGUUAAUUCUGUUCAGUUUCACAGAUAAUAACCGUUCAAUCCCGUCUCUUGUUGAUGGUCUGAAACCUGGUCAACGUAAAGUAAUCUUUACUUGCUUUAAGAGAAAUGACAAAAAAGAGGUGAAAGUCGCCCAGUUGGCAGGUUCUGUUGCAGAACUCUCAGCAUACCAUCAUGGUGAGGCUUCACUUAUGAGUACAAUUAUCAACUUAGCCCAGAACUUUGUUGGUUCAAACAACAUAAACUUACUGCUGCCCAUUGGUCAGUUUGGAACCCGGUUACAUGGGGGCAAAGAUGCUGCCAGCCCCCGUUAUAUCUUUACACUUUUAAGUUCGGUUGGAAAAAGAAUAUUUCACUCGGACGAUCUUCCUCUCUUGAAAAACCUCUAUGAUGACAACCAGAAAAUUGAACCCGAAUACUAUGUUCCCAUUAUUCCAAUGAUAUUGGUGAAUGGAACCGAUGGCAUUGGCACAGGAUGGAGUACCAAAAUACCUAACUAUGAUCCAAGAGAGAUCAUAUCAAAUAUCAGGCGAAUGUUGGCAGGAAAUGAUCCUCUAAACAUGGUUCCAUGGUUCAAGAACUUCAAAGGUACAAUUGAAGAGUUGAGUGAGAACAAGUAUCUAGUGAGUGGUGAGGUUUCUGUUUUGGAUGAGACAACAGUCGAAAUUUCAGAACUCCCCCUCCGUACUUGGACACAAAACUAUAAGGAAGAGGUGUUAGAACCUAUGUUACAUGGAUCUGAGAAAAAUCCAUCUGUGAUAAUAGAUUAUAAGGAAUAUCAUACUGACGCAACAGUCAGGUUUGUCGUGAAGAUGUCAGCUGAGAAACUUGCCAAUGCUGAAGCAUCUGGUCUUCACAAAUUCUUCAAACUGCAAACAACAUUCUCUACAAACAGUAUGGUAUUAUUCGAUCAGAAUGGUUGCAUCCGGAAGUAUGACAAGGUGGAACAAAUAAUGCGUGAAUUCUUUGACCUCCGACUCGAUUAUUACAAAAGGAGAAAAGACUACUUGGAAGGAAUGAUCAAAUCUGAAUCCCUCAAGUUAGAUAACAUUGCUCGCUUCAUCAUGGAGAAAAUUGAUGGGCUUGUCAAAAUUGAAAAUGUAUCAAAGAAGGAUCUGAUUCAAUUAUUGGUCCGUAGGGGCUAUGAUUCUGACCCAAUCAAAGCAUGGAAAGACAGUCAGUCAAAAAAUAAGGAAAAAGAUGACAGUUCAGAUGAUGAGGAGAAAGAGGAAACAAGUGGUCCAGACUUUAACUACAUCCUCAAUCUACCCCUGUGGUGUUUAACCAAAGAAAAGAAAGAAGACUAUAUCCGUCAACGAGAAGUCAAGGCUGGUGAACUUGAAAUUUUGCGGCGCAAGAGGCCAGAAGACAUUUACCGAGAUGAUUUGGAUGUCCUUCUAACUGAGCUAGAUCAAUUUGAAGAACAAGUACGGGAAGACGAGAAAGUAGAUAUCAUCAAAACCCAGAAGUCUUCAAAGGGUCGUGUAAAACAAAAGAAGAUUACCCUCGAAGAGACUCUUCCCUCUCCUGUUGGUCGACGUAUUCAGCCUGUCAUUGAUCAUGCUACCAAAAUCAAGGCUGAGAAAGAAGUAGCUUCUAAGAAGCGACAACAAAUCAGAAAGGAAAUGAAAGAAGAAAUUGGUGACGAAAAUUCACAAGAACCUAAAAGCCUCAUUGAACGCCUUGGAGAACUCAAACCAGCAAAGAAACCCCGACAGCCACGAGUACCCAAAGCUUCAUCAGGAUCUCCAAAAGGCAAAAAGGGUAAAGGAAUGAAAAAGAAGAAGCCAUGGGAAUCUGAUGAAUCUGAUGCUGGUUCCAUCAGUAGUUUGUCAGAUGUGGAAGCUGCAGAUCUUUCAGCUUCAAGAGAACGAAUUCCAAGACGUGCUGCCGCUCAAGCAAUUAAAUAUAAUUUUGGUGAUGAUGAAGAUGAAGAAGAAUAUUAUCCCGUACUCCAUGAAAACCAGGCAGAUGUUCCCCCACCAGCUGAUGAUCCCCCACCAGCUGAUGAUUGCAAUAACAUGAAUGCUGGGGCAGAAGAAAAUGAUGUAGAUGAUGACGACGAUGAUUUUUUUGCUCCUAAAAAAGAUGAAAAGAAGGCCCCUUCUCCUGUGAAGGCAGCAAGCCCCAAAUUUGAGGAUGAGGAUUCUUCUGAGGAUGAAAAUGCCGACUUGUUUAGCCGAGUCACUGAACAGACCAAAAAAGCACGAGACGAUGCUGUCUUUGGGAUAUCAACUACACUUACAAAACCAUCAGUUAAAACCUCAAUUCCCAAAGAACCCAUGAAAAGCACCAUCACUUACCAUUUAUCUAGCGACGAAGAGGAUAAAGAACUUGACUUUGUACCUGAAGAACUUCCGAAGAAACAAGGAAAGAAAAGGGCUCCUAAGAAAGAAAAGACAACAGAAAAAUCUGGCCGAAACCAACGUACAAUCCUUAGUGCUUUCAAAGUAAAUCUUUCACAAGAUGAACCAAGUGAAUCCAGCAAAUCCAAGCAUCCAAAAGCAACUUAUGGCCGAAACCAACCUACAAUCCUUAGUGCUUUCAAAGUAAAUCUUACACAAGAUGAACCAAGUGAAUCCAGCAAGUCCAAGCCUCCAAAAACUUAUGAAAAACCUGUUAAAAAGAGAAAAACCAAAAAGAAGGAAGAGAGUGAUUCUGACAGUGGUUUUGUCCCUAAGAAACCUAAAAUAACUAAAGCCAAGAAAGUUCCGCCAAAGCCCGAGGAAGAAGAAUUUGAGGAAGAAGUGCAUAAGCUCAAUGACAUACAGGCUCGUACCACAACUGGUCGUUCCCGAGCGCCUGUCAAAUAUUUUGAGGAGGAUGAAUCUGAAGAAGAGUUUUACUAGUUCUAUUCUCUGGUUCCAUUAACUUAGACAUUGCUCAGAUACCUUUCCAUUAAUGAACUGGCAUCACUUUAUUUUAAACAUUUCAAAUUCGUGUUCACUUAUUUUCAAAUGUUUAUUUUUCAUUUUUAUCAUAUAUAUAUAUUGUAUUAUUUUAUUAGUUGAGUUUUUUUUUAACUUAUUUCGUGAAUUUUAUUUUAUUUUUAAAAAAAAGAAACGAAACAAAGCCCUUUUUUUUUAAAAAAAAUAUUUCCUUCAGAUUUCAUAAUAAAAGGUUUUAGGAACUUCUCCCAUCCCAUAACAACUCCAUCCCUUUUUAGGUUUCAUUCAUCUUGUUAAUUCUCUCCACAUGACUUCAUCUUCUUUUUAUCUUUAUAACAACUCUCCAUCAGUCCUCUUCCUCUUACCUUCCUCCCAAAAGUCCUCUUUGUUUAGUUCAGGCUUUUGAACUGAGGUGGUAGGAGGUAUAAAAACAUCCAGAUAUUCAUUCCAUUUCUGUCUCAUCUUCAUUAAUUUUACUGCAGCAAUUGUGAACCACUGACCCAACCACACACAAAACAACCAUCCUUGUCAGGUGAUAUUGCUCUAUUCUGGCGUGGCUGUCUGUCUGUCUGUGUGUCUGUUUGCGUGGAAGGCCGUUAAAUUCUUGUACUUACCAAUUUCCAUAACUUAUUCCUUUCACUCAAUGCUGUCAUAUUUCUUAUCUCAUUCGCAAGAAAUGGUCUUAUGUUUGCAUUGAAGACUCAAAAAAAAAAAAAUAAAUAAAUAAAAAGGAAAAAAAAAGGGGGGUCAUUCAGCAAUUUCAACGUUUUCCCUUUGACAAUGGACUGCGUGUGUAAAGUGAAUGGCGUAUGUGAUGCAGAGAUUGGAUUGUGUGUUUCUGUUCUUGUCUUGUUUGUUUAAAUGCCUGCAGUAUUAAGGGAGGAAGGAGAACACUUUUCUUUUCUUUCUCUCUCUCUCCCUUCUCUUCUCUUGGUUCUCAGAUUAAUGAAAAAAAAGGCAUCGAUGGUUUUUACAACCAUCCACAUUUGCAUACAAACAGUUGGACUCAAGGUGUUGCUGUGACAGCAAUCAAGUGGAGUGUGCAGCAGGGCAUAAACGUGAUUGUAAAUGCUGUGCCAUGUCUGAAGGAGUGAAUGUCUGUUGGCACACCACCACAAUUUCCGUGGUUGGAUCAUGUGUGUUACUGUUACAAUUUUUAGCAGGACUUCUAUAUAUCAGUCACCAAAUCACCCUGAGUCUAAGGGAUUUGGCCAACGAACCUCAGUGUUUUAAAUAAAUCUCCACAUAUUUACACACA